AUGCCCCGAGACCUGUUAAAGGGUCUUGAUGGUAACAGGAAGAGUAGACAGCCAGAGCUGAAUUGCUUGGAGUGCGUCCAAGCGCUGUGGAUCGACAGCAUGGAUGCUCUUUGGGACCUCGCCAACCUCCACUCGUCCCAACGCUCGUACCUCUUCCGGCCUAUCCUCAAGAUCAUGCCAAACGCCCGCACAGUUCAUAUCCACGAUCUGAAGACCAACACCAACCCUGCUCUUGAUCAAGCUGGUAUCAAGCUGUUUUUCAUGUACACGUGCUUCUACGCGUGA